AUGGCUCGAGCCAAAGUGCUGCACCUGGCGGCGCGCACCUUCCUGGCGUACAACCAGAUCAUGGAGCUGGACAGUGCGUCGUCCCCGCUCAACCGCUACUUCGCGCACAGCGCCACGCUGCGCGACCGGGUCUUCAUGUACCUGGUGUGUCUGAUCCCACCGGAUCGGCCCAUCGAGCUUCCAGAUUUCCUGACGGGCGCCACGCACGCGGCCAACGUGUGGCGCGCCAAGUUGGACAAGCAGCGACAAGCUCUGGAAUUGCCCGUGGGCACCACGUUCAAGCUGGAGAAGCUGCAGGUGAACGAUGCCAGACUAGCGGAAGCCCAGUACGAGUACGCGGACGCGGCGGUGGACCACAAGGACGAGACGUGUAGUAUCUACCUCAUGAACGAGGCGCUGAGCAUGACGGUGCGCUUUGCGGUCACGGAGCACUUGCUGGCGUUCAGGAGCGAAGGAGACGACCAGCCUACCCGCCACACGCUGAAGACUUCCUUCGACUGGAGCUUCUACUCGGACGUGUCGCGAGAGAACUUGGUGGACUGGCGGAUUACCAAGGCGACACCGUUCAAGCUGGAUCUGGCAGUGGAUAAGCAAGUGAUGAAGACUAAAGUGCCGGCCGCUGUAUGA